UUCGGAAUGUUUGUUUGACCUGUUUGACCUAAAAAUUUCAUUUCAUCCACAUUAUAAAUUCAAACAUUAUUUUUGUUUAACCAGUUUACUAUAAAACAAUCAAAAUGCCAAGAAAAAACUUAGGACCGGGUCCGGGUAAAUAUAUGUUACCUCCCGUUGUUGGGUUUCAACAACACGAUGUUUCAAGAUACCGAAACCCCCAGUAUUCAAUGGGGCUCAAGCUUACAUUCGGCAAAAAACCAUUCGGACCAGGUCCCAGAUACGACGUUCAGAAAAUGACCAGUUAUGGGAAAGCAAGCCCCCCUGCAUAUUCCAUGAAAUCCAGACCAAAACCACUAACUGCAUUCCAAGCUCCUGGGCCAGGUACAUACAAACCGGAAACAGUUCCUAGGAUGAAGGAGCCUAGGCCACCAAUGUAUUCUAUGUCCUACAGAUACCCCCCUCUCAAAAGAUUCCAGACCCCCGGUCCAGACAAGUACGAAAUGCCUUCCACGUUGGGCCCCAAAGUACCCGACAAGAACGCCAAUGCGGCAUUCAGCAUGUCUUUCAAACAUGACUUGAAAGUCCUGGACCGAUCACCUGGUCCGGCGAAAUACAAUGGCACAGAUACAAAGGUCUUCAAGAACAAACCACCUAAUUAUACAAUGUCCCCUCGAGUAUUCCCCCCGGACCCGAAAGCUAAGAGCCCGGGCCCCAUUUACAUGCCAAAACUGCCCCAGAAGCCCGGGUACUCGUUUGGACUAAGGACAGACAAUGAUCCAUAUGUUACUGCUGAAGAUGAUAUGCCCUGUGUCCAGAAGGAGAAGAGCUGUUGAAAUUGUAGGGGCUUAUUUUAUGACUCUUAAGGAACUUAUACUCAUCUAUAUACUGAUAUUAUUUACACAUCUAUCAUCCAUGGUGCAAAAUACACUCUUUUUAGGUCAA